AGAGCGGGACGAGCCUCAACGGAACGGGACGAGCCUCGUCGGAGUGGGACGAGCCUGGACGGAGCGGGACGAGCCUGGACGGAGCGGGACGAGCCUGGACGGAGCGGGACGAGCCUGGACGGAGCGGGACGAGCCUCGUCGGAGCGGGACGAGCCUCGUCGGAGCGGGACGAGCCUCGACGGAGCGGGACGAGCCUCGACGGAGCGGGACGAGCCUCGACGGAGCGGGACGAGCCUCGACGGAGCGGGACGAGCCUCGACGGAGCGGCACGAGCCUCGUCGGAGCGGGACGAGCCUCGUCGGAGCGGGACGAGCCUCGUCGGAGCGGAGCGGGACGAGCCUCGUCGGAGCGGAGCGGGAGCGGGGCGAGCCUCGUCGGAGCGGGGCGAGCCUCGUCGGAGCGGGGCGAGCCUCGUCGGAGCGGGGCGAGCCUCGUCGGAGCGGGGCGAGCCUCGUCGGAGCGGGGCGAGCCUCGUCGGAGCGGGGCGAGCCUCGUCGGAGCGGGGCGAGCCUCGUCGGAGCGGGGCGAGCCUCGGGAGCGAGCCUCGAGCGGGGCGAGGAGCGGGGCGAGCCUGUCGGAGCGGGGCGAGCGGGAGCGGGGCGAGCCUGGACGGAGCGGGGCGAGCCUGGACGGAGCGGGGCGAGCCUGGGCGAGCCUGGACGGAGCGGGGCGAGCCUGGACGGAGCGGGGCGAGCCUGGACGGAGCGGGGCGAGCCUGGACGGAGCGGGGCGAGCCUGGACGGAGCGGGGCGAGCCUGGACGGAGCGGGGCGAGCCUGGACGGAGCGGGGCGAGCCUGGACGGAGCGGGGCGAGCCUGGUCGGAGCGGGGCGAGCCUGGUCGGAGCGGGGCGAGCCUGGUCGGAGCGGGGCGAGCCUGGUCGGAGCGGGGCGAGCCUGGUCGGAGCGGGGCGAGCCUGGUCGGAGCGGGGCGAGCCUGGUCGGAGCGGGACGAGCCUGGUCGGAGCGGGACGAGCCUCGCCGGAGCGGGACAGUUGA